AUGCUCACAUCUGAAGACAACACCCCCACAGCGGAUAGAUACUCUAACGGGUCUCCGCCCAUCUUCAAGCAUCGAUCCAACGUCGCAUUGGACGACAAAUCGCUCAACAAGUUUGACUUCGCGCGGUCCGCUAGUGCUGCUCAAGUUAUGCGACUGGCGGAUGAAAGAACUAGAAAAAUCUCGACGUCUUCAAAACACGGGAUACCCCAAAUAUCAAGCAAAAUCUCUAAUCAUUUACCGAGCAACCCGUCAUUAUUAGAAUCCGUUCCCGAAGGGAAGCCUGGGCGCGCGAACUCACAUGAGACUUUCAGUAGAAAACUCGCCGUACCGAAAACGCCAAAACGCAGUCCCUCUACUUCAAGCUUUCAGUAUAUGUCAACUCCAUUUCACGGUUCCACACUCUCCGCGUUCGAGAAGCCAAGUGAAUUUGCUUCACAGUUCAGUCUUAAGUCUAUCACAGACAGUUUAGCACCGAUAUCGUAUUGUUGUGGUUGCAAAAAGAGACCAAAAGAUGACAAUAGAAAAAAAGAGCCAAGUAAAUACUUCGAUGUGCAGUUACUAAAGGAUCCAAUAUAUCUAGUAAUUUUAAUUUCUAACUGCACUUGUGCCAUUUCUUACACAAAUUUUAUCAUUUUAGUGCCGUCAUACGCGGUUGAAUGUGGAUUUGACAAAUCACUAGGGGCGUACUUGUUGUCGAUAAUUUCGGCUUUGGAUCUGGUCGGAAGGAUUGGUGGGUCUGCUAUAUCGGAUGUAGUGACUACACCUAAACGCUAUUUUUUUAUAACGGGUUUACUCAUUUCCGGUAUAAGCUUGGCGUUGAUACCGCUAGUGUCGAGCUAUUCUGCUAUUAGCGCUUUCUGUUCAAUAUUUGGUAUCGCGUCUGGUAUUAACGUGGGUGUCACAGCCCUCGUAAUGACAGAAAUGCUCGGUACAGAGAGAUUGAUGUCUUCGUACGGUAUAAGUUUGUUUAUGAAUGGUAUUCUGCAAUUAAUCGGGCCACCUAUCUGCGGUUUGUGGUUUGAGUACACUCACUCCUAUAAGUCGUUAUUCGUGACUCUUGGUUUAAUAUUAUGCUGUGGAGCUGCUUUGUGGGGUUUUGUACCUUUUAUUCAUAAAAAGAGAAGAAUGGCAGAAAGAGCGAAAGAAAGUUUAGGCGGAAAAGCGUAA